AAUAACAGAGGACUUCAGCAGGGCAGAGUGAAGAAACACUAACUUCUCUGAACAAGACACCAGUUCUCUCAGCCAGCCAGAGUAGAGACAAACUACAUUGGAUAUUACAAAAAGUUCUCCUCUCCCAAAAGAGACUCAAAGCUUUAAGAGGCUCACUCUUUCGCCCGUAAGAGCUGCACACUGCGUGGUAUUCCCGGCAGCUGGAGGUUUGUGCGUAGCGCCAUGGUCACCCACAGCAAGUUCGACAACGCAAUGAGCAGCAGCCUGUUUGACGCAAGCAUGCGGCUGCCGUCUCACCAUUACAAGACCUUCAGCUCGAAGCUGCAGUUCCAGAUGGUGCAGCACGCCGUCAGGAUGCUCCAGGAGAGCGGCUUCUACUGGGGCUCCAUCAGCGGCAAAGAGGCCAAUCACCUGUUGAACUCAGAGCCCAGCGGGACCUUUCUGGUCCGAGACAGCUCGGACAACCGGCACUUCUUCACGCUCAGCGUCAAGACCGAGUCGGGCACCAAGAACCUGCGGGUGCAGUGCGACAACAAGUCCUUUUCCCUUCAGACGGACUCCAAGAGCAUGCAGUCCGUGCCUCGCUUCGACUGCGUGCUGAAGCUCGUCCAUCACUACAUGCCCUCGUCCAGAAGCUCUCUGUCCAUCGGGAACUCGAGGAACUCGUACUACAUCUACACGGGCGGCGAGAAGAUCCCUCUGGAGCUGUUGAGACCCCUUCCUUGCAUAAUGUCCUCCCUGCAGCAUCUCUGCAGGAAGACGGUCAAUGGACAUAUAGACGUUUCCAGCAAAAGAGAGCAGCUGCCUCAACAGCUGAAAGACUUCUUACAAGAGUAUGACGCUCCCAUUUAAAGAGCUCCGGCUAGCGAAGAAACGAGAAGUGGUGAGGGAGCUAAAGCUAGGUCUAACUCGAGGGUAAAGCUUGUUGGACCAAGAAGUAUUGAGCUGUUCAUGAGUACAUACAUGGAGUUUGCCAGUCAACCCGUGUCCGGUCAUGAGUACUACCACUGAUGCAUUCUUAUGUGACUGAUCUUGAAGCACCGUUCUUGCCAUAACAGUCUCGAUGAAUGCACGUUUGUACUGUUUUCUGUAUCAGUGCCAGUAUCGUAACCCACUCUGUGGGCACCAAUCACUGCCUCUGCACUGCCCCGAAUCUGUGAGCUCCGCCAAGCAGGGAGACAGCGAGCCAAAUAUUUCUUUCAAAUAAAUAUUUGUGCCUUUCAAGCAAAAAGGAAGUAACAGCACAGUACAGCACUGAGGCAUAGCGGACAUGCCACUGAGAAAUGACUUCUGGAGUCAAAGCGGUUCAGAUAAAGCACAACGGGACUGAACACAGAUUGAGAUGGACACAUGUCGAUAUUCUGCUUGUACUUGAAAAAGCGACACUUUGGAACAAAAUGUCUGUGUUUUUUUAGUGGUUCGUGUCAGGAGCAGUUCAAAGCAGACUGCUUGUUAUUGAAUGUAUUAACAUACAUGAGUGUUUUGUGUCUCACCCAUGUUUCACCUUGUCCCACAUGAUGCUGUUUACACACAUGAAGAUGAAUUUAGAUCGGUUAUCUUUUGUAAAGACAUCUCAACCAUGUUUUGAUGUUACAUAUUUAUAUUUAUAAAAGCAAGGAAACAUUUCAGUAAUUUAUUAAAGAGCACUAUUUUUGUAAAAAAA